AUGAGCGAAUCAUCACCGUCCGCCUCGUCCAGCUCAGACGAGUCGGACUCGCAGAUCGAGACAGUCGCGAACGGCGUCAAGCACGUCAUCAUCAACGGAGAUAACAAGCCGAAUAGCAGACAAGAGGAGACUGAAAAGUCAGAGGACGAGGAGCAAUUCGAUCUCGGUAUGAAGCUCGGCUUCAAAAACCUCUAUUCUGGCAAGGAAGACAAGAAGGGCCGCUUCCAAUGGCAGGACACGAUCCCAGAGGAUAUCGGCGAUCCAGUCGAAAACAGCGAGACUGCGAAGUGGGCACUGCUCGUCCGGAAUGUCAAGGUCUACAACGACCCUACGAAAGUGUUGUCGAUUCACUCCAUCGUCGUGCAGAGCCCGCUACUCAAGAAGCUACUUGCUGGAGUCUUGAAGAACUACCCUGGCGUCACAGUGGGCCUCAACCGCCUCGAAUUCUCAGGCAAGUUCGAGCCGCUCAUCCACCGCUGGGCGGAGCUGCAGGCAGCCAUCAGCAAGCUGGGCAGUACCACUGAGGAGCAGCGUACGACCAAGCAGCAUGCCGAGCUGUUGCAAGGCAUCCUUGUGAAGGAGUUUAAGGGCUUGAUCGACACUUCGCAGGACAUGAUGAGCAAGGGCGUCAUGAAUUUUGACCUCUUGUGGACUCUUUACCAGCCAGGAGCGACCAUCUUCUCUCGUCAAGACGGUCAGGAGACAGCGAUGACGCUAAAUACAACUCGCUACGGACUGGACUCGAAGGGUGUGCCAUGCUUCUGGAUCACCGGCAAGUAUGUCGACUGGGAUGGCACCAAGUUCGGUACGCAGAAAUUGAACAUUUGCAUCUUUGUCUUUACGGGCACCCGUGCCAUCGGCUCGUUGAAGGCGUAUCCCCUCGACUAUCAUCACGAUGCCAAGGCGCUGCGCGAGCGUCUCAUCACACGCGGAGCCAAGGCAGAGGGGCUGGCUGGCUCCAACUACCGUGCCUAUCACGGCGUUGCCUGGAGGAUGGGCCAAUUCGGCACAAAGGACAAGUACAACGUCAAGGGUCGAAUCGUCAUCGAUACAUAUGGGUGGAACCGGUUCAAUCCUGGGUCUGCUGUGUACAUCAUGCCACUGACCCAGAAGGAAGCUAUCACUGAGGACUCCAGCAGCGAGAUGGAUGAGCACGACGAAGACGGAGAGGAGGUAGAUGAGGAUGAAGAAAAUGAAGAGGAGGACGACUAUGAUGAAGACGAUGGCGGAAUGCCCAUCGACGGCCGCUUUGCAGACGAGGACGAUGAGAGCACACAACCCGCACCACUCACAACCGAUCAGAGGCUCAUCUGCACGCCAGUCCUUCGCGGCUACAGUCUGAAGAAUAAGAGUUGGCUGAACUUCUUCGUGAACUGCGUAGAGGACAUCGAGUGGCAGAAGGACGCUUUCGACCGCUUGGUUUUGCCGAAGAACCAGAAGGAGCUCAUCCUAGGCUUCACCGAAUCGCAACGCAAAAACCGGGAUACCUUCGACGACGUGAUCGAGGGCAAGGGCCGUGGCAUGAUUAUCUUGCUCUGUGGCCCCCCUGGAGUGGGCAAGACAUUGACGAGCGAGGCGGUCGCUGAGGAGAUGAAGGUUCCGCUGUACCUCAUGAGCGCAGGCGACCUAGGCUUUGACCCUCGGCUUGUCGAGACUAAGCUGCAAGACAUCCUCGAGAUGUGCAGCCGAUGGAAUGCAGUGCUGCUGCUCGAUGAAGCUGACGUGUUCCUUGAGCAACGUUCGCUGCACGAGCUUGAGCGCAACAAGCUAGUCAGCAUCUUCCUGCGGGUGCUCGAGUACUACGAAGGCACGAUGUUCCUUACCACCAAUCGCGUAGAAACGUUUGAUCCCGCCUUCCAGUCACGAAUUCACAUCUCACUCGACUACCAAGAGCUGUCGAUCGACUCGCGCAAAACCGUCUGGGACAACUUCCUCAACAACUCCACCCAGGAACACACUAUCACCGCCCCGCAGCUCUCCGAGCUCGCACGCAUGAAUAUGAACGGCCGCCAGAUCAAGAACAUCCUGAAGAUUGCGAGGUUGCUUGCUAGCAGGAAGGAGGAGAAGCUGGCUUAUGAGCAUGUCCUCACGACGCUAGAUGUUACGCAGCAUUUACACAACGAGAAUCAGGCGAGCAAGAGGACGCAGGGAAGCUUGUAUGGUUGA